AUGGUGGUGAAGAUGGUUUUGUGGGACAACGAUGGAGUGCUGAUGGACACAGAGGGCUUGUUCAUGCUGUCGAACAAGCAGGUUCUCUCUCAGCAUGGUAUCGAGCUCACCCAAGAAGAGUUCUGCGACGUCAACCUGACGCAAGGAAGAAGUGUCCUCGAGCUCAUUAGCCGUGGGGAUGAAGCAAAACUCGACGAGCUGCGAGCUCAGCGAGACGAGCUGUACAGCCAGCUGCUGUCGGGCAGCGACUGUCGCAUUCCUGGCAUGCUAGAUGUUGUGAAGGCUGUGGGGAAGACAUGCCGGAUGGCCAUUGUGACGUCGAGCAAACGAAAUCAUUUUGAGCUCAUGCACAAGAGUUCGGGCAUCGUCGAGCACAUGGAGUUUUGCCUUGCGUCAGGGGACUACCCGAGGUCGAAGCCUCAUCCUGAUCCCUACCUCGAGGCCAUGCGAAGAGCGGCCUGCUCUCCUGAUGAAUGUCUCGUGGUUGAAGACUCUCCCCGCGGCAUGCAGGCUGCUGUGGCUGCAGGCAUCCGAUGUGUAGUCAUCCCGAAUCCUCUCGUCGCGGACAGAGCAUGGGAGGAGGCAACUCGAGUAGUCCGUACGCCUCAGGAACUUCUUGCUAGCUUGCAAGAGAUUAUUCUUGCUGCUUCCAAUUCCUGA